AUGGCAGGUUCCGUAAAUAACAGCGAUGAUGAUGAUGCGGACCUCAAACGAGCCAUCAAGCUAUCCCUUGCUGGCAGCAGCUCGCAUUCUGGAAACCACGUGAUUGAACUGAGUUCAGACGACUCCAGUAAUGACGAGGAGUUGAAUCGUGCUAUCGCACUAUCACUCGCCGACGAUGAUCCGGAUGCUACAGCUAGCGAAAGCGAAGGUAGUCCGGACGAGAAUGGCCAGAGCAUUGUGUACCAGCCCAAACAGGGGAAUGGCUGUCCAGCCGGAACCAAGGAAGAUACAAAACGUCUGCAGGAACAGCCAUCAGCAGAACCGUCACAAUCAAAGGGGCAGUCAUCUGGCCCGCCAGCAGGCAGGCCACUGGGACUGAAAGGGGUUGACCGGAAGAAGAUGGAGGAGGACCGCCUCGCGAGGCUUGCUUCGAAACGCAAAAUUCCGGGCUUUGACCAGGAAACUCAGGGCAAGGAGAAUAAAUUACGAACAGGAUCUGCUCCGCAGCUUUGGGGACCAGGACGUGCUCCAGACACCAAGACCGAGAUAAAGGUUGUGGGCCCAUCACUGUCAAGUAGUAUUGGUUCACAAUGCUUGCGUUUCCCCAAAGGUGUGGUAAAAAAAACCUUCGCCCGCGGUGUGCCGAGAACGGACGACGACAUUAAGAUCGAGGAGAUUUUCCAGAAGGAUGAGCUCCAAAUGGCUGUGCUCAGCUCCUUCCAAUGGGAUGAGGAGUGGAUGCUGUCAAAGAUCGAUGUUCGGAAAACUAAUAUCUGUCUGAUCGCUUUUGCCAACAGCAAGGAGCAACAAGAAGAAAUGAAAGCGAACGCUCUUGGCGGCACCAUUAAGUUCUGUUUCCCCCCAACAUCUGCGAUGGGAAACAUGCACUCUAAAUUGCAACUGCUGAAAUUCGCCAGCCACCUCCGGAUUGUGGUGCCAACCGGGAAUUUGGUCCCAUACGAUUGGGGAGAAACAGGGGUCAUGGAAAACAUGGUCUUCAUAAUAGAUCUUCCGGUUAUCGAAGAACCAGAUCGCUGGGCCACUAAUGCCCUCACCCCCUUUGGUCAAGAACUCGUUUUCUUUUUGACUUCACAGGGACUGGAACAUAGUCUAGUGAAGAGUCUAGAAAAGUAUGAUUUCACGGAAACGAGCCGUUACGCCUUUGUUCAUACAAUCGGGACAACCCAUACUGGAGACGACUGGAAGCGGACGGGCUAUUGCGGCCUCGGACGCGCUGUAGCAACUCUUGGCUUAGCGGCAGACGCCAUCGAGCUAGAUUACGUCGUUUCGUCACUUGGGUCAGUCAGUCACGACCUGAUCACUGCGAUCUAUUAUGCUGCUCAGGGCGACGAUGGCCUCGGGGAGUAUCGCGAACGGUCGGCUAGAGCGAAACAGGCUAAGGCGAGUUCUGUCGAAGAAGCACUGAGAAGAAUCAACGACCAUUUCCGCGUAUAUUUUCCGUCCCGCCAUAUGAUUGAGCAAAGCCGUGGAGGCAGGCAGUGUGCGGGAACCAUCAACGCUCAGUUGAAAUGGUGGGACGCGGAUUCGUUCCCGCGACACUUAGUUCAUGAGAGCCAGAACGUACGUUCGGGCCUUUUGAUGCACAGCAAACUCAUAUUUGUUCGAUCGAAACAAUCCGGGAAAAACCUCGUCUCCUGGGCUUAUGUAGGCUCGGCUAAUCUCUCUGAAAGCGCUUGGGGUCGUCUAACCAAGGAAAAGCAGACAGGGAAUCCUAAGCUGACUUGUCGCAAUUGGGAAUGUGGUGUUGUUGUGCCAGUGCUGCCAGUCACGGACAACCAUGACAAUUCAAACGGCACUCGGCUAUUGAAUAGCAAUAGCCGCGCAACUUUGAACACGGACAUCCCCGACAUGUCUGUCUUCCUGGGCAGCAUUCCAGUGCCGAUCAUUUGGCCCAGCGAGGCGUAUGGCAGGACCGGGGCUAAGCGGCCUUGGCUUUUUCUUGAGAACUGA